AUGCAGCAACAAACGCAGAGCCAGAGGCAACUGCAGCAGCAAAUACAGCCGAAGAAGCCGCAGCUGCUGACACAGCAGCGCCGGUGGCAGCAGAAGCAGCAGCAGACGCAGCAGCAGCAGACGCAGCAGCAGACGCAGCAGCAGAAGCUGCAACAGCAGAAGCAGCAGACGCAAGAAACGAUGCAGCAGCAGACACAGCAGCUGCUGAUACUAGACGCAGCAGCGGGCGAGACAGCAGCAGCAGCAGCAGCAGAUACUGCAGCAGACGCAGCAGAUGCUGCUGCAGCAGCACCGUUGGUAACAGACCCAGCAGCAGACGCAGCAGCAGACGCAGCAGCAGAAGCAGCAGCAGACGCAGCAGCAGACGCAGCAGCAGACGCAGCAGCAGAAGAAACAGCUGCUGAGGCAGCAGCAGAAGCAGCACCAGAAGCAACCGAGGAUGCAUCAGCUGCUGAGGCAGCAGCAGCAGACGUAGCAGCAGCUGCUGCUGUUGCAGCAGCUCCGAUGCCAGCAGAUGCAGCAUCAGCUGCUGCAGCAGAUGCAACAGCAGACGCAGAAGUAGAUGCAGCAGCAAGGGAAGCAGCAGGCGCAGCAGCAGAAGCAGCAGCAGACGCAGCAGCAGAAGCAGCAGCAGCAGCAGCAGCGGAUGCAGCGCCAGAAGCAGCAGCAGAAGCAGCAGAAACAUCAGCAGCAAACGCCCCAGAGGAAGCAGCAGCAGACACAGCAACAGAUGCAGCAACAGCAGCAGCAGCAGAUGCAGCAACAGAAACAGCAGCAGGGGCACUAGCAGACGCAGAAGCAAGCGCAGCAGCAGCAGAGGCAGCUGCAGCAGCAGAAGCAGCUGCAACAGUGCAGCAGCAGAUGCAGCAGCAGCACAUGAAGCAGCAGCAGAAGAACGCAGCAGCAGACGCAGCAGCAGAAGAAACAGCUGCUGAGGCAGCAGCAGAAGCAGCACCAGAGGCAACCGAUGAUGCACCAGCUGCUGAGGCAGCAGCAGCAGACGUAGCAGCAGCUGCUGCUAUUGCAGCAGCUCCGAUGCCAGCAGAUGCAGCAGCAGCUGCUGCAGCAGAUGCAACAGCAGACGCAGAAGUAGAUGCAGCAGCAAAGGAAGCAGCAGGCGCAGCAGCAGAAGCAGCAGCAGACGCAGCAGCAGAAGCAGCAGCAGCAGCAGCAGCAGCGGAUGCAGCGCCAGAAGCAGCAGCAGAAGCAGCAGAAACAUCAGCAGCAAACGCCCCAGAGGAAGCAGCAGCAGACGCAGCAGCAGAUGCAGCAACAGAAACAGCAGCAGAUGCAGCAACAGAAACAGCAGCAGGGGCACUAGCAGAUGCAAAAGCAAGCGCAGCAGCAGCAGAUGCAGCUGCAGCAGCAGAAGCAGCUGCAACAGAGACAGCAGCAGCCGACGCAGCAGCAGCGGAGACAGCAGCAGCAGCAGCAGGGGAUACGGCAGCAGCAGAUGCAGCAGCAGCACAUGAAGCAGCAGCAGAAGAGUCAGAAUCAGCAGCAAACGCAGCAGCAGCUGAUGCAGCAGCUCCCGGAGCAGCAGAUACAGCAACAGAAGCAGCAGCAGCAGCAGAAGCAGCAGCAGCAGCAGAUGUAACAGCAGCUGCACCAACGGGAACAGCAGCAGACGCAGCAGCUGCUGACCCCACAGCAAACGCAUCGGCAGCAGCAGCAGCAGAAGCAGCAGCAGCAGCAGACACAGCAGCAGACACAACAGCAGACGCAGCAGCAGCAGCAGCAGACGUAGCAGCAGAUGCAGCAGCAGACCCAGAGGCUUCUGGUGCAGCAGCAGACACAGCAGCUGACGCAGCAGCAACUGAGACAGCAGCAGCAGACGCAGCAGCAACGGAUACAGCAGCAGCAGAGGCAGCAGACGCGGGGGCUGCUUAUCCAGCAGCAGACGCAGCAGCAGACGAAGCAGCUCAGGCAGCAGCAGCAGCAGACGCAGCAACUGCUGAACUAGUAACUGGCGUAGCAGCAGCAGCAACAGCCGGAGCAGCAGCAGCAGCAGCAGCAGCAGACGCAGCAGACGCAGCAGUAGAAGCACCAGCUGCCGAUGCAGUAGCUGCUGUGGAAACAGCCGCAGCAGCAGACGCAGCAGCAGACGCAGCAGCAGAUGCAGCAGCAGACGCAGCAGCAGACGCAGCAGGAGGCGCAGCAGAACCAGACACAGUAGCUCCCCCAGCAGCAGCAGCAGCAGCAGCAACAACAACAGACGCAGAAACUGCUGAUGCAGCAGCUCUCACCGCAGCAGAGCCAGCAGCAAAGGCAGCAGAAGAUGCAGCAGCAGCAGCAGUCGCGGAACCUGCAGCAGAUGCAGCAGCAGCAGCAGCAGCAGCAGCAGCAGCCGACGCAGAAGCAGAAGCAGCAGCACAACCAGCAACAGACGCAGCAGCAGACGCAGUCACAGACGCAGCAACAGCAGCAGAAGCAGCAGCAGCAGCUGCAGCAACAGCAGCAGACGCAGCAGCAGAGGCGGCAGCAUAUACAGCAGCAGAUGCAGCAGCAGAAGCAGCAACAUAUACAGCAGCAGCAGCAAAAGCUGCUGAUGCACAUCUCUCAGCAGCAGCAGAAGCAGCAGCAGCAGCAGACACAGCAGCAGAUACAGCAGCAGACGCAGCAGCAGCAGCAGCAGCAGACGUAGCAACAGAUGCAGCAGCAGACCCAGAGGCUGCUGGUGCAGCAGCAGACACAGCAGCUGGCGCAGCAGCAACUGAGACAGCAGCAGGAGACGCAGCAGCAACGGAUACAGCAGCAGCAGAUGCAGCAGACGCGGGGGCUGCUUAUCCAGCAGCAGACGCAGCAGCAGACGAAGCAACCCAGGCAGCAGCAGCAGCAGACGCAGCAACUGCUGAACUAGUAACUGGCGUAGCAGCAGCAGCCACAGCCGGAGCAGCAGCAGCAGCAGCAGCAGCAGCAGACGCAGCAGACGCAGCAGCAGCAGAUGCAGCAGCAGCAGAUGCAGUAGCUGCUGUGGAAACAGUCGCAGCAGCAGACGCAGCAGCAGACGCAGCAGCAGACGCAGCAGCAGAAGCAGCAGCAGACGCAGCAGCAGCCGCAGCAGAACCAGACACAGUAGCUCCCACAGCACCAGCAGCAGCAGCAGCAACAGACACAGAAACUGCUGAUGCAGCAGCUCUCACCGCAGCAGAGUCAGCAGCAAAGGCAGCAGAAGAUGCAGCAGCAGCAGCAGUCGCGGAUGCUGCAGCAGAUGCAGCAGCAGCAGCCGACGCAGAAGCAGAAGCAGCAGCACAACCAGCAACAGACGCAGCAGCAGACGCAAUAACAGACGCAGCAACAGCAGCAGAAGCAGCAGCAGAAGCUGCAGCAACAGCAGCAGACGCAGCAGCAGAGGCGGCAGCAUAUAGAGCAGCAGAUGCAGCAGCAGACGCAGCAACAUAUACAGCCGCAGCAGCAAAAGCUGCUGAUGCAGUAACAGACGCAGCAGCUGCCACAGAAGCAGAAGCAUCAGGAGAGGCAGCAGCAGAUGCAGCAGCUGCUGACCAAGCAGCAGCAGCAGCAGCAGACGCAGCAGCAGCAGCAGCAGACGCAGCAGCAGCAGCAGCAGCUGAUGAAGCAGCGGCGGUGGCAACAGCUGCUGAUGCAGCAACCGAAGCAGCAGCAGAAGCAGCAGCAGAAGCUGCAGCAGCAGCAACAACAAUCGAGCCAGCAGCAGAAACGCAUGCAGACACUGAUGCGGGAGCUGCUGCUGCAGCUCCCGCAGCAGCAGACGCAGCAGCAGGCGCAGCAGCAGACGCAGCAGCAGCAGCAAAAGCAGCAGCGGACGCAGACGCAGCAGCUGCUGAUACCGCAGCCGAAGCAGCAGCAGAAGCAGCAGCAGGCGCACCAGCAGACGCAGCAGCAGAAGAAGCAGCUGCUCAGGCAGCAGCAGACGCAACAGCAGGUGCAGCAGCAGCAGAAGCAGCAACAACGGCAGCAGCAGCACAAGCAGCAGCUGCGAUAGCAUCUCUUGACGCAGCCUCAGGCCCAGUAGCUGCUGCCCCGCAUGCAGAAGCAGCAGCAGAAGCAGCAGCAGAAGCAGCAGCAGAAGCAGCAGCAGAAGCAGCAGCAGAAGCAGCAGCAGAAGCAGUAUCAGAUACAGCAGCAGACACAGCAGCAGCCGCAGCAGCUCCUCAAGCAGCAGGAGACGCAGCAGCAGACGCAACAGCAGAUGCAGCAGCAGCAGAUACAGCAGCAGUCGCAGCAGCUCCUGAUGCAGGAGUAGCAGCAGCAGCAGCAGCAGAUGCACCAGUCGAUGCAGCAGGAGAGGCAGCAGCAGCAGCCGCUGCUGCAGAUGCAGAAGAAGAUGCAAUAGCAAGCACAGUAACAGAGGCAGGCGCAGCAGCAGCAGCAGACGCAGACGCAGCAGCAGCAGCAGCAGCAGCAGCAGCAGACGCAGCAGCAGCUGCUGCGGCUGCUGAUGCAGUAGCAGAAGCAGCAGCAGAUGCGGCAGCAACCGCAGAAGCUGCUGAUGCAGCAGCAGAUGCAGCAGAUGGUGCAGCAGCAGACGCAGCAGCAGCAGACGCAGCAGCAGCAGACGCAGCAGCAGCAGACGCAGCAGCAGCAGACGCAGCAGCAACAGACGCAGCAGCAGCAGACGCAGCAGCAACAGACGCAGGAGCAGCAGACGCAGCAGCUGUGGCGGCUCAAGGGGCAGCAGCAGCAGCAGCAGCAGCAGCAGACACAGCAGCAGACACAGACACUGCUAAUGCACCAGCUCCCGCAGCAACAGGCGCAGAAGCAGCAGCAGUUGUACACCAAGCAGCAGACCCAGCAACAUACGCAGCAGCAGCACCAGUUGCAGACGCAGCAGCAGCAGCAGACGCAGACGCAGCAGCAGAUGCAGCAGCAGCAGCACGCGCAGGAACAGAGGCAGCAGCUCCAGCAGCAGCAGCAGCAGAAGCAGCAGCAGCAGCAGCAGCACUAGGAGAACAAUUUGCUGAUGCUGUAUCAGGCGUAGCAGCAGACGCAGCAAGAGAGGCAGAAGCAGCAGCAGACGCAGCAGCAGCAGACGCAGCAGCAGCAGAAGCAGCAGCAGCAGACGCAGGAGCAGCAGAAGCAGCAGACGCCGAAAAGCAGCAGCAGAAGCAGCAGCAGAAGCAGCAGCAGAAGCAGCAGCAGAAGCAGCAGCAGACACAGCAGCUCCUCAAGCAGCAGGAGACGCAGCAACAGACGCAGCAGCUGAUGCAGCAGCUGAUGCAGCAGCAGACGCAACAGCAGAUGCAGCAGCAGCAGACGCAGCAGCAGUCGCAGCAGCUCCUGAUGCAGGAAAGAAGAUGCGAUAGCCGGAACAGUAACAGAGGCAAGCGCAGCAGCAGCAGCAGACGCAGACCAGCAGAUGCAGCAGAUGGUGCAGCAGCAGACGCAGCAGCAGCAGACGCAGCAGCAGCAGACGCAGCGGCAACAGACGCAGUAGCAGCAGACGGAGCAGCAGCAGACGCAGCAGCAACAGACGCAGCAGCAACAGACGCAGAGACAGCAGCAAGCACAGCAACCGACGCAGGAGCAGCAGACGCAGCAGCUGUGGCGGCGCAAGAGGCAGCAGCAGCAGCAGCAGCAGCAGACACAGCAGCAGCAGACACAGCAGCAGACACAGAAGCUGCUAAUGCACUAGCUCCCGCAGCAACAGGAGCAGCAGCAGCAGCAGUUGUACACGAAGCAGCAGACCCAGCAGCAUACGCAGCAGCAGCAUCAGUUGCAGACACAGCAGCAGCAGCAUAUGCAGACGAAGCAGCAGAUGCAGCAACAGCAGCAGGCACAGCAACACAGGCAGCAGCUCCAGAAGACGCAGCAGAAGCAGCAGCAGCAGCAGCAGCAGCAGCAGCAGCAGCAGGAGCACAAUUUGCUGAUGCUGUAUCAGGCGUAGCAGCAGACGCAGCAGGAGAGGCAGAAGCAGCAGCAGACGCAGCAGCAGCAGACGCAGCAGCAGCAGAAGCAGCAGCAGCAGAAGCAGCAGCAGCAGAAGCAGCAGCAGCAGAAGCAGCAGCAGCAGAAGCAGCAGACGCCGAAGUUGCCGAGACAGCAGCAGCCGCAACAGGAGAAGCUGCAACAACAGCAGCAGCAGCAGAUGCAGCAGCAGACGAGCAACCGAUGCAGCAGCAGAAGCAGCAACAAACGCAGCAACAGACGCAGCAGCAGAAGCAGAACCUGCUGAAGCAGCAGCAGCCCCACAAGCAGAGGCAGCAGCAGACGCAGCAGCAGAAGCAGCAGCAAACGCAGACGCAGCAGGAGAGCCAGCAGCAGCAGCAGCAGCAGAGGCAGAAACUGCUGCUGCAGUGGCAAUCGCAGCAGCAGAAGUAG